CGAUGCUCUGCUAUUAACAUAAACAUGCUAUUUACUUAAGAGCAGGUAGAUCGUUGCAUGGCAACUCAGAUGAAUUGAUUUAUUAUUUUAUAAAAUUGUAUUUGUAAUCAUUCCAAGAUUAGUAAGCUUUGGAAAAACGAAAGUUGGUUAGUUUAUGUUUUUUCUGGAAUAUUAAUAUCCUUAUAUAACACCUUCAAAUGAACUUGUCAGGAAUCUUUAUACGAAAAGUAACUAUUAUAUGUCAGUGGUCUUUUAUAUUGAUAGUAUUGAAUCUUAAUUAAUAAUGGGUGUUCCUCAAAUUAAUAAAAAUGUUAUUCCUUUUUAUAAAGAAGAAUUGCUUGAUAAUGGAGUCAAUAUCUUGUAUUUGGAAGCUGGCGAAGCUAGCAAACCUAAGUUAUUACUUUUACAUGGUUUUCCAACUUCAUCUAGACAGUACAAGCAAAUUCUCUUUUUGUUAGCUCCUUACUUUCAUAUAAUUGCUCCUGAUUUACCUGGAUUUGGACAAACUACUACCCCAAAGGGAUAUUCUAUAACUUUCCAGAAUAUAGCUGACUCAAUUGAAUUAUUUUUGGAAGCCAUUAAGUUUGAUGCUUUUGCUGUCUAUGUAUUUGACUAUGGUGCCCCUACUGCCUUCAGAAUUGCUUUGAAAGAAUCAAAAAGAAUUACUGCCAUUAUUACUCAGAAUGGUAAUGCCUAUGUUGAAGGUUUGGGUAAAGACUUCUGGAACAUUUUUCAAAGGGCAUGGCGUCUAACCGAUAUCCAUGAAUUAAAUAAUGAACAAAAGAAGGAGUAUCAAGAAACAUUAAAUAAUAUUAGAAAUGCUUUAUUAGAUUCAGAUUUCUACAAAACUCAGUACUUCGAUGGUGAGAAAGAAAUUUUCAGAGUUGAUCCAGAAGCUCCAUUAAUUGAUUAUCAUGCAUUGAGUGAUUCAGUAAAUGUUCAAAAUCAAUUGGAUCUCGCUCUUGAUUAUAGAAAGAAUGUGGAAUUAUAUCCCAGAUUUCACGAAUUAUUUAGAAAGCUUGAUAUUCCCGUUUUAGCAGUCUGGGGUGCUAAUGACAAUAUUUUCAUUCCAGAUGGAGCUCAUGCUUACAAGAAAGAUUUUAAGAAUGUCAAGGUUGUUGAGCUUGAUGCUGGACAUUUUGCUUCCGUAACUCAUCCAGCAGAGAUUGCCCAAGAAAUUUUAACCUUUUCCUAUGAGAAUGAUAUUCUUCAAUAAAUUUUAGCUAUCUCUUUUAAUUUAAUUAUCUAUUUUAAAUACAUCCAAGUACUUGUUUUCUUAUGGUUUUAAAUAAUAUAUGCCACAUUUAAAUACA